AGUUGUUAGCCAUUUCAUAAACAGAUUAUAUUUAAUCGACAAAAAAGCCAAUCGUCAUGUUAAAGGGGAAUGGACACGAUUUGAGAUGAAAAUUUUCAAAUUUUGUUUUUUCAUUUUUAAUGUUUAGCAUUUAAUGCUUCAAUAAGGUAUUUCUAAUGGUCAGCAAAAAUUUGAAUGUCAGUUGUCGAGGUACAUGGAAGAUACAGAGCUCACAAUUCUUUGUUAUGUAAACAAGGCUCUUGCCAUGUGUUUGUUUCUUCGGUACAUUUUAUACACUGGUGGCUAAAACAUCUAACACUCAGGGAAUUCGUCAACAUCGAAAUAAAUGUUGUCCAUAUAGUGAAUACAUUAGGCCAUUUUAAAAAAAGCUGAGUUUUUAAAAAUAUCUAACACUAUUUUCACAAUCAGUUGAUCGAAGAAGGUCGCAUAUGAUGUCACUGUACCACGUGACUCCCUAACUAAUUAGAAUUAAUUACUAUAAGCAUAAAAAAGGCAAAAUGCACAUAAUUUUGUAUACUUUGAAAGUAUGCUAUGUGUCCUUUAAUAGAUAAGUUAUCUUGCUUGUGCCAGGGCGAUACUAUAUUUGUGAUGCUUGCAUGUGCAUCUGUGCUUCGAUCAUAUGCCAGCGAUAUAAGAUUUGACCGCGCUUCCUGUGGUAGCCCACAUAAAGUGAGCGGGUGCUGUAAUCUGUGUAACUUCUGAAAUUGUUUUGAGUGAUACAUUGUAUUUUAACUGUAUUAUAGUUAUCCUCAGGAGUUCUUUCAUUAUGAUAAAUAAAAUAAUGAACAAUGAAAUCCUAAUUGCUAAAAUACUAAAUCAAAAAUAUACAAUAAGGAGCAACAUCUGACAAUUGCUUUUGCUUUGCUAGUUUAUUUUGGUAUCAUACAGAUUUAAUUUGUGUACAUUUAUACUCACAAAACAGUGGUGAGUUAAAACUAUUACUGCUUAAAAUUAUUUCAGUUACUGUUUAAAGAGUUUCUUUCAGAAUCGCUGCCCUCAAUUUCAGUUUUGUUGAACUUCAUUUCAUUUCUUCUCCAUGGCAUUUCAGAACAUGACGAUGAAAAAAUUAAAGUAUUUUUAAAAGAGAUACCGGUAGUAAAGCUCAUUUUGGUGAAAAAAAAUUUCUAACCCCAAAUCAUCUUAUUCCUUUCUAAUAUGAUUUAAAAAGAUAUAUGAAUGAUAUUUUUCAACUUUGAAAUGACUGCAUGUUUGUCAAAAGUUACAUUGGGAGCCAACUUGUAUAACAGCUAGAUUGAAUUUUUGUCCAGGAAGCAAAAAUUCAAGGAACAUAAUUUGAAGAUUACAAUUGUUUUAAAUUUGGAAAGAAAUAAAGAUAAAUGCAUAAAAUUGGUAUUUUUAACAGAAAAUGACUGGUAUGAGUCAUUUGGACACAAUUUAACUCCUUCAAAAAAUUUGAACGAAGUGACCAUUACCAUAUCCCUUUAAAAUUGAAUUUUUAUAAGAAUAAUGGUAAGUAAAAGCACAAUUUUUUAAAUGCACGAACUCUAAUGUAGGUCUGUGUUGCCUGCAAAGCUACUCCCCCAUAAAUAUAUAGUAUAUAGCAUGUUUUUGCCAACAGCACUUUCAUAAAACUUGGUAAUGAAGAGAUCAAUCAGCCUUUGUACAUUGAUAUGUGUACAGCCUUUGUACAUUGAUAUGUGUACAGCCUUUGUACAUUGAUAUGCUGUAGCCCACUUCAGUACAUGUUAAACCUUCUCAAGUGCAAGAAAUCCUACUACAUAUCUCUACACCCCAGACAGAUUAAUUUAGUAAAUAACUUUCUUGAUGUAUCCAUGCAUGCUGACUCCCAUUGCAGUGCGAUUAAACACGAAUCUACACUGCAUGAGGAUGAUUAAAGUAAACAUAUUAAAAUUCGACAAACUAUGUCCUUGAAGUUUUAGAGAGGAUUAAAAAAACCUUGUUUAUUCUUAUAUGAAACCCACUAACUUGAAUCUACAACUGUGUUUUUAAUCAAUCUGUUCUUAAGAAAACUGAUUCUCAUUUUCUUAGAAAUAUUUGAUGUGAUGGCCUGCAGCCUGAUGUAAAUUGACAUUACUGUCAUUUGACUGUCAUAUAUGACCACCGAACAACUAGAAGACUUAAGGCCUAGUUUUAAGUACUCAGCACUAUUUUGACUGUUGACCACCGAACAACUAGAAGACUAAAGGCCUAGUUGUAAGUACUCAGCACUAUUUUGACUGUUAUAUAUGACCACCGAACAACUAGAAGACUUAAGGCCUAGUUGAGUCAUACACAAAAAGUACUUAAAGCCUCUUUAUGGAUCAUGUGCCAGUCCACUUAUCCGACCUUAGAUUAACAGAUUAACAGGACAGAAUUUGGCUCAAUUCUUUGCUUAAAUCUGAAAUGACGAAAGAAAAUUGUGCAUAAAUAUAGCAUUGUUUUUUCAAGUGUUGCAACAAAGUGCAUGGAAAUGAUUAAGUUCUUUCAUCUUUUUGGAUGACAGAUGCUAAAUUCGCCACAAUUCGAAGGAAACUAAUUUCAUAAUUUUGUUUUAAUUAAAUGUGACAUUUCUCAAUGUGAAAAAAAAAAUCAUCAGUGUAGUGGAUAUUCUAGAAUGGAUCGAAAUUAAGCUGAUGAGACUGUUAAGAAAACACAUUUACAAUGGUGGAUUUUGUGCGUAGUGUGGUUGUAUAAAAUGGUAGCAUAGGGCACUGAACCAGCAUGAAUGAUGCACAGCGAGCAGUGCUCCAAAGGCACUUCCGACAAUUGGCUAGUGACCUUAUUCCAACAGAAGACUUCAUGGGGAUGCUGUAUCAGCAUAGGAUAUUUGAGCGGAACAUGAUUGAAAUCAUCAAGGCUGAGAGAACAGAGGGUGACAUGGUGUACAAAUUGUUAGAGAUGCUGCCCAAGAGAGGCCCUGAUGCUUUUGAUAACUUUGUGGACAUUAUACAAAAUGACUACCCAUGGCUGGCUGCCACUCUACAGAGUAGUCUCAAGUCAGAAAUAGCCAAAUCAGGCAGAAUCGACUCCUACAAAAGUGAUAAUACAGACAAUGUUCGAUCCACAUCAUGUAUUGACCUUGAACCAGAACCAGACAUUAAAGCCAAAGUGAGUACUUUUGUCCACAAACAAUUCGGGCAAAGCAAGCGCAUCUCCGAAAAUGACAAGAAGAGCAUUCUUAGGUGGAUGUCUCAACAGCUUCAGAUGGAGAGAAAGCGGACAGCAUCUGCCUCCAGCUCAAGAACUGAUUCAUCCAUGGUCACCCCUCCACCGAUGUUGGACAAAACAACAACUACCGAGGACCUGAUUAUCGAUGACAAUAGGAUUUCAGAGAGACUCUUUCAUAAGAGAGUGCAACAGAUCAUCGAAAAACUUCACCAGAUGAAAAAGAUUUCAGACAAUGAUUUAAAUGGUAAUCAACCUGAUAAUAAACACUGUAAAGAAAAUGGAAAAAAAUCUAUGACUCCUUCCACUUUGGAUGUUGUUCUUGCUGAGGUGGAUAAAUUAGUGGAGAAAGUGGAGAAAAUGGAAAAUGAGAUCAGCAAGUGUCAUAUAAUGUUAGGAGACAGAGAGAAAAAGAUGUCCCUUUCCUUGCUUAUUUAUGAUUUAUCACUUUCUGGAAAAAAGAAAGAAAAAGAAAUGCAAUCAGAGAAAAACAAAAGUGAAAAAAUGUUGACGGAACUUUAUGAAUACUCUAAAAAAGUGACCAAACUGGAACAAGUCCGUCACCAGAUGAAACAAGCUAUUGACAACCAAGCAGAAGAAUUAAACAAAUUUAAGACAGAAAACACCAAGUUGAGGGAUCAAGUCAUCAAACUAGAACAGAUAAAUAUGAUGCAUGCCGAAAAACAAAAGACUCUUGAAAAUCUUAGAAACAUGGUGCGAGAAAUUCAGACCUCUCAACAAGACUUAUCAACAGCUAGUGUGAGAAGUGUUCAAACUCGUGCCUCUAUUGAUAGCAAAAACAAUAAUUCCAGAAUACCAGCUUCUCGCAGGUCCUUUCGUCCGAAUCAAGUGAGACCCACGGACGAAAAUGCCACCCCUUACUCUACUAAACGAGCAUCAUCCACUACAACCAAUCCAUACAGAAGAAAUGACACAUCUAUUCCAUUUUCUACAAAGAAAUAUGUAACAAAUGUGAAAUCAGCUCAUCGAAGAGGAAACAAUGGACCAUUUAAGUGAUUUCAGAGAACUUUGAGGCAUUUUGAAAUACUAGGUCUGUGGAUAUAUACAUGGUUUUUAGAUUUCAAUUUGCUCUCCUUGUUGAACUUUUAUGUUGGGAUCUCCAAUGUGUUAAUAUACUGGGAGAUUGAAACACAAUAAAAUGUGAUACAUUUCUCAAGAUUUCAGGGUAUGAGUUAUUUCCCUUUGUUCAUGUUACUGUAUGAAUGCACUCAGUGUAAAUUGCUAAAAUUCUAAAAGGUCAAUUACCAUUAUAUUCUUUACAUCUAUCACAAGCAAUAAAAAUGGUAGUAACCUUUAUCUUCACUCAAGUCAAUUUUCAAUCAUGCAGACUUGGAAAUACAGUAAAAGCAAAUAUCAUAUAAUUUUUCUGACCUAUAGAAAAAUAAAAACAUAAAGCAUUAAACAAUGAAUAAUGGGGAAUUUCCCUAAUAUUUCCUAUGAUAAUCUUCCAAUUGUUUGUUGAGCAGGUUGCCAUGCUGCUGCUAUGUCCUACUUGGCAAGCUUUAACUAUACUUAUAAAAUACAUACAUGUGCAAGGCAAUGUAAAGAGCAAUUUUUUACUUACAUAAUUAACAUAUCCAAUGAAAAUCAAUUCCCCAUCCUCAAAGCAAAAAAAAAAAAAAAAAAAAAAAAAAAAAAA